AUGGACUCCGAAAACGCCGAUGUGCUCCGCGCCAAGAUCUACGAGCUGACCAGCCAGGUUAUGCUCCUUCCGGGUAAGACUAUGGGGCUCCUGGGGAUAGUACACGGCAAGGGCGAAUGUUCCAUCCCAUGCAUCGGCAUCGAGCAAGAGCGCCCGCCUCCUAGUUAUAACGCUCCCCGCCCCCCGGCGGACCCACAAUACUGCAACUGCAAUCACUAUACCCUUCCAACGCUGUUCCAUCCUAUCACUGACCCCUAUCCCUCCCCGCGCCCCGCAGUCCGCGGAGUCUACCUCGGCCUCGUCCACGCCGGCGACGUCGCAGAGCUCAGCGCGCGCGCGGGCAAGGAACUAGAUGACGGGCUCAAAGCAAUCGCGCAGCGCCUCGUGCCGCGCGGCACCGGAGCGCCGGUAACGGGCACAUUCACGCAGGCCACCGAAGAGAUCAACAGACUUCUCAAUAAGGUGGCGCUGCGGGUCGAUCCCGUGCCGGGUGGGUGGGAUGCUUAUGUUCUUGCAUUUAGGAACCCUAACAGGGGGCGGUACUUGAGGCUGGGGGAUGCAAGGCAGGCACACCUCGGCAAGACCCCAGAGGGGGAUAGGAAGAAUGCAUUGUACUACGAGACGUUUUUUCAGCUGUUGCAGUUUCGUGGGAUUGAUGUUGAGGCGCUGCCGUAG